AUGGAGAUUUCCAUCUCUCUGGCGACAACCCAUGAUAUCCCCGAUCUUGUCCGGGUACACACAUCGGCAUUCAAAACGGAUCAAUUCUCAAAUUUCAUGCUUCAUGGUCGCGAAGAAAAUACGCAUGAGAGAAUGAUGCAAAAAUCGAUCGAAAUCUGGCUUUCUGAUCCGACAUCGAAGCUAGUGAAAGCCGUAGCUGAGGGAACAAUAGUCGGGUGGGCGUGCUGGCAGACUAAGGAUAAAGACGACCAGGACAGAAGUGAGGCAUUACGAAAGCCAAAAACUCUCACAACGCCUAAUAAUGGAGAACCAAAAAGGCCAGCUCAGCUCCUUAGUUCUUUGAUGCGCAGCGAUUCUAUGAUAUGGGAGGAAAACUCGAUGAAAGGCAGAUACCUUGUGCUCCAAGCAUUAGCAACAAGUCCAAGCUUCCAAUGUCGAGGAAUAGGGUCCCAGCUCCUCCAAUGGGGCAUCGAUAUAGCUGAUGUAGAGAAGCUUCCAUGCUGGGUUCACGCAUCGCCUGCCGGUCAUAAUCUAAAUAAAAAGGCCGGAUUUCAAGAAAUAGGUAGCAGCGAGUAUGACCUUGAAGGAGGCUGGGGCCGGUAUACGUUUCGUUAUAUGCAGCGUUCAGUUCAGCCUUAG